CGAAACAAUACCCGGUGCCGUAAGCUUAUCAACAUUGUUGCUGGGCUCGGCGGGUGUGCAUAAACUCCUCUCAGAGAUCUAUCAUCUCUACACGCAAUGUCAUUAAAAAAGCCCAGCGAUGUUGAGAGUUUUGAAUAUAUGUUUACUAAAUACAGCCUGCGAUGUCGCAAGUUAGUGCUGCGUUGACCGUCUUCACACACCAGUAUAGAGAUCCCACCAAACUGGACCAUGUACCUCAGAUAACAAUGGGCACAAGUCACCUACACUAGAGUGAGAGAAGAAAGGCAAAGCGGAUGGAGAGGAAGUAAUAUAGUCAAUGGCCCAUGAGGUGGUGAAGCAGCUCCCCGACAGCAGCUACGACUACCUGGACUCCGACGAGAUGAGGGAGCUGACCGGGGCUCUUCAGCAGAUGCCGUCUCCCAUGUCCUCUCUCUCCAUACCCCUGUCGUCCUUCGAGGUGCGGUCAUCGAAGGCGGGAAUAUUCACCAGUAAGGUGUCGCUGAAUGUGGACAUUCAGCGAGGAUGCUUCUAUGCUGUCAAACCCUCCAAGGACGUCCAAGAAUCAAGAAACACCUUCACACAUGACCGAAUCCUUCAGCUAGUGAAAAGCACGUCCGACAACAGCCGUCUUGACGUGAUCAUCGAGGGCAAGAAGAAGACAUCCUACAUGUUUGAGAACGCCCAUGCUAGAGAGAACUUCUGCCUCCAGAUCCGACACAUGAAGAGCUUACAUUCCAAGGAAGAGAAAGUGGAUCAGAUCUCUGUGUUCAUUGGGACGUGGAAUAUGGGGAAGUCGGCCCCCGACCACACGCUGAAACACUGGCUGAAGUGUAAUGGUGAAGGCAAGUCCCUGGAUCGCACACUGUCCCGCAUUCCACACGACAUCUACGUGAUUGGCACACAGGAGAGUGCUCUCAACGACAAGGACUGGGUCAACACGCUGAAGGCAUCGCUGAAGGCCACGCUCAUGGUAGACGUGGAGAUGCUGGAGAUGUGCAACUUGUGGGGUAUCCGCGUCGUUGUCCUCAUCAACCCACAACACCGUCACUGCAUCUCCCACGUACAGAAGUCCUCCGUCAAGACCGGCAUCGCUAAUGCUCUUGGCGACAAAGGAGCUUCAGCUGUUUCAUUCCAGUUCAACGGUACCUCCAUCUGUUUCAUCAACGCACAUCUGACUGCGAGGGAAGAGAAUUUGCACAGGCGGAACCAGUGUUUCAGAGACAUCCUUAAAGGGUUGUCACUUGGUCCAAAGAGUUUCGAAGGAUUUGAUGUAUCGCACAAGUUCCACCACGUUUUCUUCUUUGGAGAUCUCAACUACAGAACUAUGGAGAAAGUUGAUGUUGUGCUGAAGAGAGCCGAAGAUCGCGACAUUCAAUUUCUGCUAGACAGAGACCAACUGAGGAAGACACAGUUUGACAAAGACGCCUUCUUCAACUUCAAUGAGAGCGAGAUCAACUUCAUGCCAACCUACCGCCUGUACCGAGGGAUACCUGGCUACAGGUACGACUGGAAGAAGGUCAAGAUGACUGGGGAAAUAAUCAAUGUGCCGUCUUGGUGUGACCGAGUACUCUGGCAUUCCUACCCGGGGACCUUCAUCGAGAACAACGCAUAUGGAAGUGUGGAGAACCUGCUGAACAGUGACCACCGACCUGUGUUCGCGUCCUUCACCGUCGGGAUCGCGUCGCAGUUCGUACAGAGCCAAGCCAUGCUCACAGAGAACUCCAGCAUUAGAAUCCUCUUUAACAGAAUUGAGGCGCAGGUGCGGACGUGUGUCCGGCAACACUUCAUCUUGGAGUUCUAUUCCAGCUGUCUGUCAGACAAGGUUAUCAAGAGCAAAAGCAGCUCCUGUCCGGAAUGGCAUGCUGACCAACUGCCUCAGCUGCGGCCGAUGUUCGGAGACAGGGACUAUCUGGAGGAGCAGCACAUACUAAUAGCUGUCCGGGGAUGUGAUGACAAUAAGUCUUACGGUGAGUGUGUGGUUUCUCUGAAGGAUCAGUUCUCGCCAGACUUCCAGUGUUUUGAGUGUGUGCUGACCCACAACGGAGAGGAGACAGGGAAACUCAGGGGUGAGAUGCGUGUGUCUGUGGAAGGGGAGUAUGUCAAGGAAGACAUAUGAAAUUGUUGCCUUGGAUACGGAAUACUGAAGACAUCCAUCCCUCCACUCCACAAAAAGAACAAUGCAGUAUUCAGUAGAAGUCUCUUACGGGAAUUUACAUUAAGAGUAGUUGUGUGGCAAGCACACAAUGCAUCAUC